CAUCCUAUCAUUUUUAACGGUUUUGAAUAAUCAAAAUUUAACGGUACUAAGUAAGACCGUUUCCCCACCUAUAAAAAAAUUGUUGUAUCGAAGAAAUAAAAGCUAAGGGGUUGGUUACCUACAUUAGUUUCUCUCUAAACAGCAAGCCAGAAAGAUCUUUCAAGGACAAGGAAAAAACCUCUCCGUCUAUUUUAUGUAUACUUUUUAUAAAAAUUUGUAGAUAGAGCUGAAAGUAUGACGCAACGCUCCGCAGAAGAGAUAUCUCAAUUCUUAGAAGCCCAAGACCAUUACUUUGGAGGAGAAAAUAGCGAAGGCGAUGAAGAUUUUGUCGAAGAUGAUUCUGAUGACAACGAAGACGUCUUCAAAUAUCAUAAAAACAAUCUGUACCAAGAUAUCGAAUCACACUACGGGGUACUAGUGGAUUCUGACAAUGUGACAAAUGAUAAUGUGGAGAAACAAGCGAAUAUAUAUCCUGAAUAUAUAUACAGACAUAAAUGGUAUCUUGCUCCACCGGAAACGCGAGAACGUCAAUGGGACAUAAUGCUGCAUUCCGUCUCCGUCAUAUCACCAGGUGCGAAAAAUCAAGCAAUUCAUGCGAAAUUGCCACUAGAGGUAUGGUCGUUACUUUUUUCUGACGAGUUACUCGAAAUCGUGUUGAAAUAUACUAAUCAAGAAAUAGAAAGAUAUAGAAAAACAGAAAAUUGCGCGAAUGCAACAUUUAUCGAUAAUUUGAACAUGACGGAGUUGAAAGCGUUUAUCGGCUUAUUGUAUUUUAACGGUAUGGAAAAGAAAAUUGAUAUUACGAUCGAAGAAUUAUGGUCGGCAGACUUCGAAUCUGCGCUUUACAGAACGACUAUGUCUCGUCAGCGUUUUGAAUUUAUUGCGGCUCGCUUGCGUUUCGCUGAUAAAUUUACCCGUGUUAUAGGAAGAAGAGACUUACUAGAGCCCGUUCGCGAUAUUUGGAAUAUAUUCAUAAAAAAUUGUAGAGAGAAUUAUACACCAUCAGAAUUUUUAACGCUUGAUGACCAAUUCUUAAAAUUCGAAGGUAAAUUUGGGGCUAAAGUUUAUAUGAAAAAUAAUCCUGAACGCUGCGGCAUAAAAAUCACUUCUUUGAAUGAUGCAAAAACGUUUUAUAUGUAUAACGCGAUUCCAUAUCCAGGAAGAACUGAGGAAAUGCUUUUUACAAGUAGAAACAGAGAAACUUUUCCAAAUUAUUGCGUACGAACUUUAUGCGAAUCAAUUUCUCAUACGACCAGAAAUGUGACAUGCAACAAUUCUUAUAUUAAUUCUGUUGAAGUCUUUAGUGAAACGUUAAGAAAUUACCAAUUGACUAUGGUUGGUAUUCUAGAGAAACGCAAAACACACAUUCCAGAAUCUUUCGAUUGUUGGACAUCAGCAGGCGCGGUUCGAUGUGCCUACGACGACACGAACGUUUUAUUAUCAUACUGUUCAGAAAAACAUAUUUAUUCAAAAAAAGUUAGCUUAUUUUUAUCUUCUUAUCAUAAAAACGGUGCAACUAAGAAUAAAGAAUCGGAUAAACCAGAAAUCAUUGAUUUUUAUAAUAAGACUAAAGACAGUACUAAUAUUUUUGAACAACUUUGUACCUCUUAUACUUGCGCGAGAAAAACAAAUCGAUGGUCCCUGCGAUUUUUUUUAGGAAUGCUAGAUCAAGCUGCGGUCAAUAGCUGUAUUUUAUACAAUUUCAAUCCCGAACAUAAAAUGCGAAAUCAGAGAAUAUUUUUGAAAGAUCUUGCGAUAUCUCUGAUCGUACCGUAUCUGCGUGAAAGAUUCGAGCAACAUGAUAUUCAUAAAGCUAUUAAAUGGAGUAUCAUACAAAUACUGAUGAAAGUAAAAGCCAAACAAGAUAAAGAAAACAGUGAAAAUAAGUUCGACAAAAUAAAGUAACAUUUUCUUUUCAACCAGGAAUGAGAAAAACACAUUUUUAUUCCACGCUUUGUAAAAAACCUAUAUGCGACGCUCAUCUGGUAUUAUCUAUAUGCUCCUUUUAAUGUAUAGUAUUAUAUAGUAUAGUUUUCUUUUUAUAUUUAUAUUUGCAAAUAUUUUUUAAA